AUGGUAGGGAAGCGUCGAAGUCCCGUCGGUGACUUGUCUCCUGACGCUCAGCGCCGUAAAAGGCUCAAUACACGGUCACAAAACGACGUACGAUCGAAAAACCAUGACAUUUCUCGCAAUGAGCGUCCAACAAUGUCAAUGGAAGCUCAAAAACUCGCGUCAAUAGCGUUGAAAACUCCACCUUCCAGAUCAGAGCUACCAAUGUUGGUUUUCCACCAUCAGUUUCAAGUUCUCGACGUGAGUAAUAACCAGGUGAUGACGGCCAUUGGCAAUGACGCAUGGGGUGCGUCUUGGCGUGUCAUUUGGCAACCUAGAAGUCCCACAAAUGACACUUUUGUCGGAUUAUUUGUCGAGCUUGUAACAGACGCUGCAAAGCCAGAAAACUUAUUCGUACGACCCGUAGAAUUGAGUAUUGUACUCAUUAAUCAAGGUGGUUUAUCCUCAAUUAUCAAACAUACAAGUGUUCAUGGAUUUUCCAGCGAAAAUCCGAUCUUUGGCAUGAGUCAAUUAAUUCAACGAAGUGACUUAUUGAAUCCAAAUAAUAAAUUCUUGACCACAGAUGGAAACGUAGAAAUUGAGGUGCAAUUAAAUUUUGUCGAGGAAAUUGGAAAAGUUCCAGAAGAUCAUGAGAAAGAAAAAGUCAAAACACUGCAAUCGACAAGUGGUACGCAUCCAAAUGCAGUUUUGACAACUGAUUCGGACGUGACGUUGGAAAGAACGCAGCAAUUACGUUCGUACGACUCGAAAGAGGAGACGGGGAUGGUGGGGUUGAAAAAUCAAGGAGCUACGUGCUACUUGAACUCGCUCUUGCAGACCCUCUUUCACUUGCGAGCAUUUCGUCAAGUGGUGUACGAAACACCGACAGCUCAGGAAGACACUAAUGAGUCCGUGUCGUUGGCACUGCAGCGUGUGUUUUACAGGUUACAGAGACAACGUAAAGCUGUAUCGACAAAGGAACUUACGCGCUCAUUUGGGUGGAGUGCAAUCGACUCGUUCAUGCAACAUGAUGUGCAGGAGCUGUACCGGAUUUUGUGUGAUCGAUUAGAAGAGAAGAUGAAGCACACGAGAGUCGACUCGGCAAUUCCAAUGCUUUUUGAGGGCAAAGUGAGGUCUUUUGUGCAGUGCGUGAAUGUCGAUUUUCAGUCUUUCCGUGAUGAAAGCUUCUACGACUUGCAACUAGAUGUUAAGGGCUGUAAAGACUUGAUGCAGUCGUUUCGCAAGUAUGUGGAAGUAGAAAUGUUGGAUGGAGACAAUCAGUACGAAGCUACAGGACACGGAAAACAGGAUGCCAAGAAGGGUAUUGAGUUUGCCACCUUUCCACCUGUUCUCAAUAUUCAGCUUAAGCGCUUUGAAUACGAUGCUACGCGUGAUGGCAUGGUAAAGAUUCAUGACCGCUUUGAGUUUCCAAAACGGCUUGUGCUAGACGAGUUCAUCUCCAAAAGUGGCAAGAAAGAAACAGAUAACAGUACAGAGAAAUCUCCACGGUAUAUUUAUCAUCUGCACAGCGUUUUGGUGCACAGUGGCGAUGUACACGGCGGUCAUUACUACGUAUUUAUUCGACCUGGGAAACAUAUUGCUACAAGUGCGGACUGGUUCAAGUUCGAUGAUGAUCAAAUCACGCGCGUCGACGAACAGAUAGCGAUUGAGGGGAAUUUUGGCUCUGCUGGGACCCCUGCAACUCCACAAGAUGCAUUUACGGAACCGCUGUCACCUCUGUAUUCUUCAUCACUCUUCUGUUCGCCAGAUCGUAAUGGUGGGAAAAGCAACGAAAGGAAUGGUAUGGAUGGUCUCGAGUUCAGAUCUAUGGACACAAGAGGUGAGCCAGGUACUGACGGUGAUAAUGCAACAGAUGAAGUGUACAAUUACAGCCAGAGCAAUGGCACUCCCUUAGGUCCUGCGUCAGACAGGAUGAUGCUUCCACUUGGUAGGAGCUUUUCGAGCGCAUACAUGCUUGUGUACGUGCGGGACGGUGAAAACGACAUCAGUGCGAUUCAGUAUGAGAGAAGUGCGAAUGCAGGCACUACCCCAAUGACUUCUGCGUUGAGAGGUGUUCCGAUGACCGAUGGCGAAAUAAGCAACAACAAAUUGGAAGUGGCAUCAGUUGAACCAGAGCUCUCUACGUGGCAAAGCGAUCCGCUACCAAUCCCAGCUGAUUUGGUCACUCGCUUUCAUGAAGAGGAGAAGGCAGUCGCCCGGCGCAAGAAAGCCCAGCAGACAGAACACUUGUACAUGAACUUUCGUAUCGCUUCCGAUACGAGUAUUGCCAAACUGACACGGAUAACAAAGAUGAUGGAUUUCUCGGGGUUUAAUAAUUCAACCACAUUGCGCAUCCGUAUCAAACGCACAGCAUCCAUUCGACAGCUUCAUCGUCGCGUGUAUAACGAGACCGGUGUCCCCAUGUCACGACAACGCUUGUGGAAAGUCAUUACGCGUGAAAAUCGCACAACUCGACCCGACCAACCGCUUCAUCCAGAUCUGUUUGAUUAUCGUGUGGACUCGCUGAUUGAAGAUGAUGCCUCGACUAAAGCUCCUGUUAAGUUGUACCUUCAGAUACUGGAUAGCUUGUCAGAGUCUUCUGCAGCUUCACCCAUUUCGCCGUCAUCUCCUUCUAUUCACGCACACAGAGUAGGAUGUAUGCGUACAACUCCAGCAACGGUCAUCCACCGGCAUUUCUGGGACGAAUUCACACCUCCUGCGAUCGAAGAUGCUCCAUUGAUCGCGAGCGAUACAGCAUCCUGUCAGGAAGUGGAGGACGAGGACGCAGGUGCUGUUACUGAUGAGGCUAGCGAUAGUAGUACGUUUCAUCACGCGAUGCCUUUGCGAGAUUACGAAAUCUUGUUGUUUAUCAAGUUUUAUGACCUUAAGAAAAGGCUAGGUGAGCGAUUGGAGUACGUGGGUAACAUAGUCGUGGAUUCGCGAAUAACAGGUGCAGAGCUAGCUAAGUGUCUACACGAGGCGCUGUCAAUUCCCCUCGCCACGGAAUUAUUGCUGUACGAAGAGGUGCAACCGACUUCUGUGUCUGAGAUUGAUAUGGAGGCAACACUUUCGGGAUCUGAAAUUCAAAAUGGUGAUAUAAUUUGCUUCCAAUACGCAGAUGACGAAGCCCUGGCAAAUGGUAUCGUGAUCAACCCUGAUGUCGGAGUGGAUGAUGAUCCUGAUGCCACGGAGGCGACGUACAUCGGCCCUAAUGGUGAAGAAGUGACAACCGUCAUUUCUUCGGAUAGUGAUGACCUAGUGGGCACCAGUUCACUAGCAAACAGGAGCGGCUUGUAUGCCAACGGUAUACGGGGUCUUCAUAGCCACGGGUCAGCUGGAAUAAGGCAAAUGUCUGUGGGGAAGUUACACCAGUACCAACGGCGACUGGUGGAAAGAUAUCCGGAUGUGCCAUCUUACUUUCAAUACUUGCUAGAUCGUGUGGAGGUGACAUUUCGCCGCUACGGAUACUUGGAGGAAGAAUCCUUCACGCUGUCGCUUUUGUUUAGCAAUGUGUAUGACGAGGUAAUCGACGCGGUAGCGGAGUAUUUGGGGCUCCUGGGACCAAAACGAUUGUUUAUACGACUAUAUCAGCAUUCGCCUCUAAACAACUUGCCCAUGAAGUCGCCAUUACGCCACUCGCGCUACGCUGGGGAUGAUCAAACUACACUGGAGGAGCUGCUUACCGAGUAUCUGGAGCGUACUAACAUUUUGUACUACGAGCUGCUCGAUCACCCGAUCACUGAGAUUGAGACGAAGAAGGAGCUGCUCGUGCAUCUCAGUAUAUAUGACGCUUGCUUCGCCACCGACCAGGCAGCGUCGCCAUCCCCGAUUGCACCACAGCGCCAUAUUGAAGUGCUCGUCAUACCCACACACCAGAUCUGUGACUUGCUUCAACUCAUUCGCAAUGGACUUGGACUGCCGGAGGACAUACCGUUGCGCGCAUGCGAGGUCAUCCAUCACGGAACAAUGAUUACGCGGUUGAUUAAGGAAGACGAGUCGCUGUCACGCUUUUGUGGCAAUGGCAUUGUGUCAGAUUCCAAUUCGCCUGAGAUAUUAGUGGAACAGAUUCCUGCUUACGAGAUGAUCAGCGAUAAAAAAACCACUAGUGAAGACGAAGAGUUUACAGCGUCGGAGCCGUGUGAAGUAGCCGCUAACAGUUCCACGAUGGUCACACCAAGUGAAAAGCAAUCGUCAGAGAGCCGACCAGCUAAAGCUGCUUUACUAAGCGAUCAAAAGGAUGCUUUACCUGAUGACGACGAAUCCACAAUAUGGUAUUACAAGGGCGUGGUGCAUUUCAACUUUCUAAAGAACUCCCAAAGGUGGAUUCACCCUCAUGGAGUACCAUGUGUCGUGCGCUUCGGCAAGUGCGACACCGUCGGUGACAUCAAGGAGCGUAUACGUCAACGGAUGGGUAUCGCAUUAGAAGUGUUCGCACAGUGGAAUUUUGCACUAGUAAAGGACCUGAAAGCGUCGACGCUACAGAAUGUGUGCGACGACAUGGAGCCAGAGGCACUAGAUGUGCUUUCUAUGUCGCGGCUUACGGAUCUCUGCGGUGCAGACUUUGAAGGCCUUGGUAGCUUGGGGCUGGAGCACGCAGACCCAACGCCAGUUCCUCGCCAUCAUAGUAACAGGAGGCUUGAAACGGGUAUCCAUAUCCGCCAGAGCUGA